UAGUCCCAGAGCAGUCAAGUGGAACCAAGAGUCUGCACUUGGAGUUCCUGCCGGAGCCUGAAACACGGCGAGCCAGGCCCUGCGCGCAUGCUCGCUUCAUGCUGCGGCCCGCACCGGGUACUUGAACGGCCUGCGGCAGCUUCGACCCAGCUUCGGGUACCCCGGGGCUUCAGAGGUUGUCGAACGGUGCCGGCCCCGAGUCUCGCCGUUUUCUCGUCUUCCCAGCGACUCGAGUAAGCGGUGUCUCCAGUCUGCAGCUGGGCUUGUGCUCUUCCGGCAUAAUCCCUCCUGACGCUACCAGCGAGAGGCAGAGUGACCUUGGCUGUGGUGCACACCGACCUAGGAACCAGAUGAGCAGAGACAUCUGCGUCCAAACCUGGCCAUGCUCCUAUUAUUUAGAACUUGAAAAGCGAUGGGUCCCUGGAAGACUUUCAUUAACUUCUCUCUCACUAAAAUUUAUGACUGAUAAAACUAGAGAAAUUCUUGUCAGCUUUCCCCUUUCUAGUAUCAUUGAGAUCAAGAAAGAAGCUUCUCAUUUUAUCUUCAGUUCCAUUACCAUCCUGGAGAGGGACCGCAACAAGCACUGGUUCAGUUCCUUGCAGCCUAGUCGGAAUGCCGUUUUCAGCAUCAUCGAACAUUUCUGGAGAGAGCUGCUGUUGUCCCAGUCAGGAGCUGCUGCUGAGGCAUCCUCCUCCUCCGUGACCAAGGGGAAGGAGCUGACUUGUCUGAUGGCCUGUACCCAGAAGCGUCUGGAAGACACAGCCAGAGUCCUGCACCAUCAGGGCGAGCAACUUGACAGUAUCUCCAGAGGCCUGGACAAGAUGGAAUCUGACCUGGAUGUGGCUGACAGGUUGCUGACCGAACUGGAGUCUCCUUCUUGGUGGCCCUUUAGCUCCAAGCUUUGGAAGACACCACCGGAAACAAAGCCCAAGUGGGACACCUCAGUGGCUAAUUCCAAAGCUUUUGGAAAAGAAGGGAUAGUGAUCCAAGUUCCUGCUGUUAUUUCCCAAAGAACAGAAUCUCAUGUUAAACCAGGAAGGCUCACUGUCCUUGUUUCUGGGUUGGAAAUCUACAACUCAGAUUCUUUGCUCAUGCACAGAUUCGAAAGGGAAGAUGUAGAUGACAUCAAGGUCCACACACCUUAUGAAAUUAGCAUCCGCCAGCGGUUCAUUGGGAAGCCAGACAUAACUUAUCAUUUGAUAUCUGCCAAGAUGCCAGAGGUUAUCCCCAUUUUGGAAGUACAGUUCAGCAAGAAGAUCGAGUUAUUAGAAGUCGCCGUGAUGCUCAGAAGCACUGGAACCUCUUCCCUAGCAGAGAAGGGCUAUUCAGUCUGGCACGCAGCAUCUGGACUGAUGGACCAAGCCAUGCAGUGUGAGUCCUCCUCAGGGAGCCAGGAAGGGAGGCCACUUCAGCUGCAGACAACCGAGCCAGUCAUUUCUGAGGAAGACACCCAGGAGCUGGGACAGAUCCUGAGGAAGCUCAAAGGUCUUGCCUUAGACACCGAGUCAGAGCUGGAGAGACAGGAUGAGGCCUUGGAUGGAAUCACUGCGGCUGUGGACCGGGCCACCCUAACCAUCGACAAGCAUAAUCGGCGAAUGAGGAAACUGACUUAGGAGAGCAGGAAAGCACAGAGAUGACUGCUUUUGAUGAGAGUCACUUCUGAGUACGUUUUCUCAGAUCCUGCAUGCUUCCUUUGAGAUGAAGACCCUGGGAAGUCAUUCCAGGUGCCCUGUCCCGGGAGGUGCACAGCUGCUCAGGAUGAAGGGCUGCCGAGGAAGCUGACUGGGGUGAUCGUAGCUGCCACCAAGGGAUUCCUUUGUAGGGAGCCGAAAGUGCAUGGGAGGAGUUCUGCCUGCAGAUGCGGUGAGCUGCCUACCCACACGGCCCUCUCAGGCUGCCUGGGGAGUCAGGAGCACACACACAUUCAAACACAGGCUGAGCCCUGUGAGGUGGCCACGGCAGCAAGCUGUCUCCAUUCUGAGGGUGAGCUGGACCCCGGCCUCAGGGACCACUUUGCAUGGCCUCAGUCCGGGUCUCCACUGCACAGCUAGCUGUAUUUUCAUCCUGUCUCUGUUCUUGAUAACCAUGAAAAGGAUGAUUUAUGUGUCUAUGAGAGAAACCUACUUAUUUCUAAACUUCCGCCUGUUUGAACACUGCAGGCAUAUCCUUUGUCAGGAAAAUCUCUCCUCCAGAACCACAUUCAGUCCUGAGCCUGCCUCUGCUGCACGGCCUGCUCAGCACAGACCCCACUGCCUUCACCUGGUUCCGUUUUUCUCUGAUGGACAGGUCAGUCUCUUUUUGGUUACACUGUAAGUUCUAACAGAAGCUGAGAGAACAGCUGGUACACAUCGAGAUCAUCCUUAGACACCUGAGAUAUUCUUACUGCUCAGUUCUCAGUCAAACGUGAAAACAGCACAGAUUGCACCUGUUUUAAAUGGUGUUAGUUUUUGAUUUUCUGCCCCGUUUCUAUCCAGAGACAGAAAUGCUCGUUUUAGAAUGUUGUUUUUUUUUUUUUUUUUUUUAUUAGUUGGAGGCUAAUUACUUCACAACAUUUCAGUGGGUUUUGUCAUACAUUGAUAUGAAUCAGCCAUAGAUUUACACGUAUUCCCCAUCCCGAGGGGGGAUCGGAUUAGAAUGUUGUUUGAAGCUAUGCAUUGAUGCCUGUUUGCUUGGUUUGGGGUGUCUUAGUGCGUUCCCGGGGGCUCACACAGUAAAGAAGCCACGUGCAAUGUGGGAGACCUGGAUUCAGUCCCUGGUUUGAGAAGAUCCCCUGGAGGAGGGCAUGGCAACCCACCCCAGUGUUCUUGCCUGGAGAAUCCCCAUGGACAGAGGAGCCUGGCGGGCUGCAGUCCAUGGGGUCGCACAGAGUCAGACACGGCUGAGAGACUCAGCACAGUGUGUGCCUGGGAACCCCUCAUGGGAAGAUGAGGGGAAAGUAGAGAAGUGGGUGACAUCCUCCCAUGCUCACAACAGGCCACGUCCAGGCUGCUUUGAGAUAACAGCCCAAGGAGCGUUGCCCGAGAAGCUCCCUUAGGCCUUGUACGGAUGUUACUUUGAAGCUGUUGCUGCAGCCCUCCAGGGAUGCUGCCUGCAAGCCCUGUGCGGCCCUGCUGCCCCACUCCCCGUGCGUGCUGAGUCCUGGAUGGUUUCAGGAACGAAGUCACAGAUACAGUGUUCGUUUUCUGGGGCUGCCCUAACAAAGUACCACAAACAGGGGGCCUACAGCAGGAGGAAUGCACGUUUGGAGGCCACAAAUUCAGGACUGAGGUGUGGGCGGUCUGCGAUCCUGGUGUCUCUAGGAGAGGAUCGUUUGUGCCAUUUCAAGUCAGCAGUGCCUCCAGGUGGCCCUGGGCUUGUGGCCACAUCACCAGGAUCUCUGCCUCCGCUGUCUUGUGGCCAUCUCCCCACACUUCUGUCUCAGAUCUCCCUGGCCUCUCUCUUAUGAGGACCAAUCCCAAUCCAAGGUCAUCUCACCUCAAGAUCUUUUUCUGUGUCUCAGAUCUCCCUGGCCUCCCUCUUAUGAGGACCCAGCCUAAUCCAGGGUCAUCUCACCUCAAGAUCUUUUUACCUUGAUGAUGUCUACGGAGACCCCAUUUCCACAUUAGGUCUGAGACUCCCAGUGGGCAUGGAUUUUGUGACACCUAGGGAUGCCCAGCCUUGUGUCAUUCCAAAAAGACAUGGAAAGUAGCAUUUCUAGAAAGUAAUGGUCAUAAGGGUCUUUCAGUUCUUUUCUUUAUUCAGUUUGGUAAAUUAUAUUCCUAGUCUCUGUUUGUCUUAGUUGGUUUUUACUUACUAACCUCCAAAAUGAGAAGUGGGCCUGUUCUCUCAAGGUCUCUCAUACCAAGAGUUGCUCUUGACCUUUCCUGUGCAUCAAGUGAUGGAUGAGCUCAGAGCUCAUGCCCAUUCCAUGGGGUCUCAGCCCCAUGCCACCCUUUCUUAUGCAUAAUACCAGGGAGGUCAGGGAGAACAUAGCAGACGUGAAGGUGUGUCAGCAAGGACAGUUAUUGAGAGUCCAUGCCUAGAGGCAGCAGCCGCUGGAUCACAUCCCCAUGGAACUUGGAGGAAUACUUGAGGAAAGGCAGCCUGUGCCCUGGGGGUGGGCUUCCCAGGUGGCGCUAGUGGUAAAGAACCUGCCUGCCAGUGCAGGAGACUUAGGAGAGACGGGUUUGAUCCCUUAAUUGGGAGGAUCCCCUGGAGAAGGGCAUGGCAACCCACCCCAGUGUUCUUGCCUGGAGAAUCUCAUGGAGGGAGGAGCCUGGUGGGCCGCAGUCCCUGGGGUCGCACAGAGUUGGACACGACUGAAGCGCUUUAGCACGUGUGCCCUGGGUACGGGCAAGUGCAGGUGGGUAGGCUGCACCCAGAUACCGUAGCUUCUCAUGGCAUCCCUCAAAGAUGUGUCCCCUGGGCAAGAGUACGUGGUUCUCACCAUGGCCACGCACCGGGCUCAUGCCCGGGACUCAGAGAAGACAGACAGACAUGCACACAACACACACUGAGCCCAGGCCUGGAGUCAGAACGUCUGAGGGUGCAUGCAUCACCCAGGUGUCUCUAGUGAGCAGUGCCCUCCCGCCGUCAGACCUGCUCUCUGCAUCCAGCUCUGGAGAGCCCUGAGCAGCUGAAAUGAGCACGAAUCUGUGCCACUCGUGAUGCUCUUCUGAAUACAGGUGGGCACUGGUCAGAGGUCCCCAGCUCAGUCUCCAGCAGCCAGCCAGCCUCUGCUUAUCCUGAAAAUAGAUAACUCCCCUGGCAUCAGGCCCAUAGACACCUCGGCUGCUAACAGGCCUCUGGAAAGCGGGGGCCAGGACUCUGCCGGUGAUCCCCUGCCAGGAACAAGCCCUGCGCUCUGUGGGCCUCACCCUCUCUCUAUCCAUCACCAGAUACCCUGAGCAUGAAGGUGUGUGGUACAGAAGACAUUGUACUGUUAGAGAUCUAUUCUCUGAGCCCUUUCUCGCCCAUGAAUAGCUAAAUUGAUGUGGAGACUUAAGAGUGUUUUAAAAAUAAUAAUAAUAAAAAGCCAUCAAAGACCAUUUUAUGCUAUUUUUUUUUAAACCUUGACCCCAGAACUAAUUUUCUAACCUUAACACCUUCCCGUAGCAGAAAAUCCAUCUGCCAAAUGGUUAGUCACCAAGGCUGAAGCAAAAUUGCCAAGAACUCUAUAAAACCAGGCGCUGGCUCCCACGACACACUUAUCCCAGGGGAGUAAUUCCUACCCCAGGGGAAUAGCACCCCAGGGGAACUAAUUCCACCUCCCACUGCUCCCUCAAAUUAUGGUGCACUGGCUCUGCCUCCAUGUUUUAGACAUGGGAAGGCCACGAGGGGGACAGCUAUUGAGACGCUCCUAGAAGCAGUACCAAGGGAAGGAGACGAGCAGGUCAGCUGGGAUCUCUCCUGCCAUCCUCAGGCGGCCUAGGUGGUAAGUGUCGUGAUGGCUGGAGCCAAGUGGAUCCUACCAGGUGAGUAGACCCCCUGGAGAGUGGCAGGAAAGGCAUGCUGAGCCCGUUGUCAUCACCACCGGUGUUUGGAUCAGGACCUGUUGUGUCUCCUAUUUUGUUUUUUAUUUUCCUGAUGUGGAGUUUGUCCUCUAACACUGACUUCGGGUUUGUGGGGGGGGGGGGUGUCAAGCUCACACAUGUGAGUAACAAAAUCUAUUUGCCCUUUAACCUCUUACUGAGGAAAUGGACUGUGUUAAGUUUGUUGUCACCUUAUAAGGUGUUUGCACUUCUUAAAACAUGUAAUUCUUUAAGUUCAGUUUUACACUCUAUAAAGGUGGGCAAAAUAAAAACCCACAUCUAAUGCAGCUGUGAGACCGAUACUGAGCUGAAAUGAAACUGCUUUGACAUUUCAUCAAAAAUGGCUGAUUCUUUUGUUUGUUUAGGGCAGAGGUCAGCAGACUUUUUCAGUAAAAGGCCAGGUAAAAAAUACUUCAUCUUUCAAGCCAUGUGGUAUCUGUUGAAAUGUCUCAGGUCUACUGUUAAAUGAAGGCAGCCUGGACUUAGGAACAAAUGGUCAUGCUAUGUUCCAUUAAAACUACCUGUGAGGUUAGAAUUUCAUUUAUUUCAUGUGUUCCAAAAUGUUAUUCUUGUUUUGAUUUUCUUCUUUCAGCUAUCUGAACACUUAGACAUGUCCCUGGCUUGCAAGUCGUAGGAGAACAGACUGCAGGGCUUUGCACUCACCUGCCAGAUGGGUGUGUUCCUUUGAAGUUUCACAUCAGAGUCUUCGAGCAUUGUCUGGAGGGCAUCUCACUUCCCUCCUUAGCCCCAAACUCAGGCACGGCUGGAGCCCUUCACAUGGCACUGCUGCUGUGAACAAUGGUGUUCAUGGUGGCCAACACUGAGUCUAGGGUUGCGGCUGGGAGGGUUUUGGGUAUUUUUGCCAUAAAAGAUAAAAAGGCAAAAAUGAUAUAAUGAAACAUGAAAAACUAAUGACAAAAUCUUUAAAAUGUGUGUAGAUUCAUGGUUAUAGUUGUAUUUGGGUGUAACUUAGAGAAAGUGAUGAUACUUCCUUUUUCAAAGUCAGUCAUUUAAGGAUUUAGGAUCUAAUGUCAGUUGUUAAGUUCUUUAUGAUAUAAAAAAAUCUGAAAUCUCUUGACAUUUUUCUGGAAGUAAGUGAACGGAUGAAGGAUGCUAUUAUCAAUAUAUUGUGUAUAAUUGGUAAUACAUACCUGGACUAUAUUUAAAUGUUCCAUCAUAUGUCCAGUCCUUAUAUUAAUAUUUAACCAAAUCAUCUAAGACAGAUUCUGUGCCAAAUACCAAAAUUCUAGCUACAUCAUGUACUCUGUUAUCAAAUAACAUCACCGUUUUUAAGAAACUUAUGCUUGUGAGGAAUCACAUAACCAUGUAUUUUGGGGUUGAGGGGAAUAGGAGGUCCUUGAUUCUUCUUUCCUUCCAGCUUCUAAUAUUGCAUAAUUUGGUUAAGAAAGCAUUAGAGGACAAGCUGCUGUAUCUAAAUUAGCUAAAGAAUCAAGAAUUAAUGCUCUGCAAGACUGUAGUAAAUUAUCUUUUAUGGAACAAUUGCCUUACAGUUUGACCAAACUGCUCGCAGCAAAGCUGCUUACAACACAAGGACCAGUCAGGCUGGGAGACGCCCACCACCUUGUUUCUCGACUCUGCCCAGCUGUUCAGAGCUUCAAAGCCUGCAUUGAUGGCACUAGUUAGCCCCGUUCCUUUAUGAGGCAGAAAUGGGGGACAGUAGAGACAGAAUGAGAUGGGAGAUGGCAGGUAGUGGUUUCCACGAGUAAUCUCUGGAGGCCCCAGAAUAGCACACACAGAAAUUUUAGGAGAGAAAAAGAUAGAAGUCAAUCCUAGAAACAUUUUCCAAUAACACAGGAAACUUGACUACAGGCAGUCAGUUGGGGAGGGGGGCUUUGGUUUGGGGUUUGAUGAAAUGCCCUCUUGGAGGAAGUUGUAUUGAAUGGGAUGUCAGUCAUGGCAUUAGACCAUGCUGCAAGCUUCCACGGCCCCACUGGCCUCACCUAUGAGGAGUCCCCUCCACUCUCACUGCUCCUGAUUUAAUUAUUAGCUAUGGGUUUGAAAACAACUUGCAAAUUGUAAUCAGUUUUCGCAUUUGCAACUGAUUUCCACAGCCACAUAGUAUCUCAAGAUUUUGGCACCCAUCUGGAAACAGAACAGCAGUGGGUUUGCCCAGGAGGUAAUUUUCGCUGAUUGAUUUUGAAAGUAAAAAGCCACAGGGUUGGUCCUUCAGCUAGUCUGAAGACGAGGGUGGUCCUGCUUCCCAGAAGUUUCAUCCCCCAGCCUCCUCGGUGAGAAACGGAGCGGCAGGGGCAUCAACUCAAAGACGGCAGGAGCUGCUCAUCCACCCGGAGCCGCUCCAGGCCCUUGUGCAGCGUCCAGGCGAGGAGGCCCUGGCUUCAGGAGUGGGGCGCGGUGCGCACGGCCGUGGUCGAGGCUGUGUCCGUGGAGCCUGACCCGCGUCCUGGGCUCUCGCUGGGCGGGCAGGCAGCCGUGCUCCGGCCAUCCCACCACGAGCAGCUCCUGUCCUGGGUGCACUGGUGCCACUCUGUCCAGUGUGUUCUCCCACCAGGUCUGAGGCAGCACCGGGUCCUCAGUGACCUCGGGAUGUUCCCUUCAUCUUCUACACAGCCUCUGUCCCUCCCUCUCACCCCGGUGAGGGAAGUGUGAGCUGGGGAAUGGCAACUCACUUCCGCCAUCUCUCUCUCCUGGAGGUUGGAGGGUUAGGUAGGUCUAGGGCAUGUUCCCUAGAAUGAGUGAAGGGCAGGGUGCAGAAACCCAGCUCUCCAUAAAGGAGGAUCGGGCCCUCCCAGACAGCCCAAGUCUGCUGCCCAGGCCUCUUCCUCCACCCUCAGGCAGCUUCCACCGAACAGUGGCUGUUCUGUUCCCACUUCUGGUCUAUGGAGCUGGUUGGGAUUAAUGAGGCUGGACCCUUUUUUAGAGGCUCAGGGCAGAUGCCCUGGAAGGGAGUGCAGGCGAGGUGCAGGCACUGGGUUCUCCUACCAUGGAAGGUGAGGACAAGCAGAGAAUGCACAGCCUUGUAAAGUCCCUUAUAUGUAGUUGUUUGGACCUUCUGCUGCACUUUCCAGUGGAAGUGAUGCUCUAGAGGGCAGUUUGUUUCCUAAUGUGAUGGCAGCAUUGAGAUACACAGUUUGUGAGUGGAGGUGAGGAAUGAAGAUGAUGGAAGUGGGUCAGAAGGCGAGACCAGGGAUCCCAUUCCUAAGUGCCCAGGAAGUGGCUCAUCUGCGAAUCAGACGCACGAGUCUGCUCAAGCCUGCUGGCCUUGCAGAUUGCUCACAGAAGUUCCCCAGAGGGGAGCUCUGUUUAUCUUUCUGACAAGUGAGGAAACAAAUACCUAACACCCACCCCGGGUCUAGUCAAGACUCUGCUGAGGUCCUGACGCCCAACAGGAGUGAACCCACAGGAAGAACAGUGUGGAGAGAAGGGAAGUGUCCCAGGUCAUGGGGUGUGGUCUGAACGAACCAGGGUUACUUAGAGAUCCAAAUCCACCCAUUUUAUGCCCCAUGUCAUAGAAAAUUGGUUUCUUUUUGAAAGCAGUAGCUGCUUGCUAAACUUAGAGACCACCUCUCUUCCCAGCUGGCUUAUGCAUGUAGAACAUUGCUUCCGCAUGGGAGGGUCACAGAGGGGGCUGAAGCAAUAGCUGGGGAGGCCUUCUUGGUCCCUUCCUCUCCUGUCAGCUUAACCCAAAAUGAGAUGCCUGAAGCUGCAGCCUCACUUGCUGUGUGUGCUUGUUGGAGUGUGGGGUCAUUGCAUCUUGUUCAAGCCCACUCUGACCUCUGGGUCCUGUGAAGUAAGCACUCUGCCCUCCUGGCAUCAUAAACUAGCCCGAGGCUGCUCACAGAUCCACCCACUCCUGCUUGCUCAGCUCUGCCUUGUCACACUGCCCAGCACAGGAACAUCAUCAUGGGUGGGGUGUCCAUGUGCUCUCUCUCACAGCCCACAGACCUCAGCAUGGGUGGGGCCUCCCCAUCACCCAGCCCUUCAUUCACAGACCUCACAGCAUAGGAUAGGAUCUCCCCACUACCUGGCCUGUCUGCAAACUGUACAGAAGAGUAGAUGGAGGUGCAUGGUCUUCUGGGGCUGCUGUAACAAAAUACCACGAACUGGGUGGCUUGAAACAACAGAACGUAAGCUCUCUCAGUGCUACAGUUCAGAAUUCUGAAAUCAAGGUGUCAGCAGAGCCCUGAUCUCAGGCUCUAGGGGAGAGUCUUUGCCUUUCCACUCUGAAGCCACAUUUCUCCAUUUCCACCGCGUCUUCCCAUUGCCUCUGCCUCAAAAUCCCCAGUGCUGCUUUCUUAAAAGGACACUUGUCAGUGAUUUAGCAUCCACUAAAAACUCCCGUAUGAUCUGAUCAUCUCAAGAUUUAUAACCUAACUGCAUAUGUAGAGACACUUUUUCCAAGUAGGUCAUAUUUAGAGGUUCCUGGGAUUAGAACUUGGACAUAUCUUUUGAGGGCAGUAGUUCAGCCUAUUAUAAUCUGCCCUCUGUUCCUCCUAAAUUCACAUUCAUCCCACAUAGAAAAUAUAUUCGUCCAUCCCAACAUCUGCGAAAGUCUCAACCCAUUACAUAACAGCUCUUCAUCCAAAAUCUCAUCUAAAUAUCAUCAGCUCUGAUCUCAUCAUCUGAAUCAUUUACAUCUAGUGUUGGUGAAACGCUUGGUAUGGUCCAUCCUGGGGCAAAAUUUCUCUCCAUCUCUGACCUGUGAAACCAGAAAACAGAUUAUCUGCUUCUAAAUACAGUAGUGGGACAGGCAUAUGAUAAGUGAUAGGCUGUUCCUGCUCCAAAAGGGGGGAAGGGGAUAUGUAAGUUAGGAAGGGUCACCAGAGUUCCUGUUUCUUGUCCAGCAUGAGAGGAGCUGGGAAGUCACUUCUCCAUCCUAACAAGUUAAAAGCUGAACAAACUGAAAAGCAACAACCCUUCUUGUAUCUAUUAAAGAAAUGAGCUCACAGGGCAAACUUCCUAACUCAUUCUAUGAGGCCAGCAUUUCCUUAAUACGAAACCAGACAAAAGUAUUACAAGGUACCAAUACAUGCAAAAAUCCUCAGCAAAAAUGUUAGCAAACCAAACCAACAGUGCAUAAAAUGAUUAUACCCAAUGACCAAGUGGGAUUUAUCCCAUGUUUGCAAGGCUGGUUCAACAUUUUAAAAAAUCAAUAUAACCCAUCACAUCAACAGAUGAAGAAAAAUCACGUGAUCAUAUCAAUAGAUUUAGAAAAAGCAUAUGAUAAAUCCUAUACUCAUUCA